CCAAUUCAGACAAAAGGAGAGGACGACAGAUCCGCGGCGGCGCGCACUGAGCCGAGCAUCUAAAGCACCUUGGAGACGCCACUGGUCUGAUCCGACGCGCAAGAACGCACCGGCACACCGACACACACGCCCUCCAGAUCCACCUGAAACCUCCAAGCCGGUUAAUUGUCCAGUUUGAAGGCCGUGGAAAGCGGGACUGAACCCCGGUUCAUUUGCAGCCAGAACACCGUGUUCCCAUGAUGUCAUACCUGUGGAUUCUGCUAUUAGGAAGCCUGCUGGCUACAAGCGCCAAGGCACAAGAUGAUCAAGUCCCAGCAGAAGAGGAGACAGCAGCUCCUGACGCCCCGGCCCCUGCAACUGAAGCACCCGAGGUCGAAGGAGAAGCAAAGGCUGAUGAGGGAACUGACCAUAACGCAGAGGAAGUACCACCUACAGUAAGCGCACCUGAGCCCACUGCUGAGCCUGAAUCCGAAGGCGAAGAACCAGCAGGUGAAGACGCAGAACAAGCGACUCAUGCAGCCGGGGACGAAGAACCAGUAACUCCUGUAGCCGGGGACGAAGAACCGGUAACUCCUGCAGUCGGGGACGUAGAACAAGCGAAUCCUGCAGCCGGGGACGAGGAACUGGUAAAUCCUGCAGGUGAUGGCGCAGAAGAGGCGACUGCUGCAGCCGGGGAAGCAGAGGAAGUGACUCCUGCAGCAGUAGACGUAGAGGGUGAAGCGGCUGCAACAACACAAGAGCCAGAAACUGAGCCAGAGGAAAAAAAUCCAGAGGGUGAGCUACCGACAGCUGAUGUGGAGGAGGAAACUACUUCAAGCAUUGAUACAACACCCUCUCAGGUGGGGAGUGAACCUGAAGAUAAGGCCACACCAGGGUCAAAUCCAGCUGUAGAAGAUGGGCAGGAACAACCAACUGAUCCAGGUACUGAUGUGGGACAAACUGAGGGAAAUGUAGUACCAGACAUCAGAACAGGAGUGAAGGACCUUGUCCCUACAGUUAAAGUGGAUGGUGAUACCCCUGAGGUGAAUUCAGGCUUUAACUUGGAGGAUGCUGUGGACCCCAAGGAAGACACCCAAGUACCUCCAGGAAAGAGCCGCAGUAUAGAUGACAAGGCCCAUGUUGCCGGCGCCGCAGGAGAUGUAAACGAACCUCAGGCCCAAGAAGGCAGCUCCAGCUCUUUAGCAGGCAUCCUCAGUACAGUUGGUGUGGCUCUUGUGGGAGCAGUUACUGGAUACUUCACCUAUCAGAAGAAGAAACUCUGCUUCAAAAAUAGACAGGAAGCCGAUCCAGAGGCUGCACGCAAAGCCGAUGCAGCAGAGGCCCAGUCAGAUCCCCAGGUCCUUAGCAACCUGCUGAACUCAUCCUAGACCAGCGAUGAUCCCAUGACUGUCUGGACCAACUACAGUCAAGCAAAGUGGCAAUCUCACUGUUAGGCUCUUUCCUGCAUGGAGCUAAAUUACUGUGAGGCCCAGAGUAGGGCUGUGUGUGUAUCUGUCUUGAUUGUGUGUGUGUGUGUGUGUGUGUGUGUGUGUGUGUGUGUGUGUGUGUGUGUGUGUGUGUGUGUGUGUGUGUGUGUGUGUGUGUGCGUAUGCGUGUAUCUGUGUGCGUGUUCAUCCUUGUGUGUGUGCAUAUAUGUGGGGUAAAAGGCGUUAGAUAAGAAAAAGAAGUAAUAUGUGAACCUUAGGGGUUUUAUGAUUGUGACAACAUAGGACUUUAUUGCAAUGAUUGGUCAAAUUUUCUACUUUAAACCAAAUCCAAAUUAUUUUUUUUUUUCCAGAGGGGCCAUUAAAGAGAUUAGAUCUCUAAUUAACUAUGACCAUGAGAUGGCUAACUUAUAGAACUACCUUUUUUAUUGUUAUUUGUAUGGCUACCUUCUAGUUCGAGUAAUUCAGUGUGAAUAUAAACCAGUGACAAAUUUGAUGUUGUAGACGUCUAACUUUGUACUGAAUUCUUACAGGUGGAAUUUUUAUUUCCUAAUUCUGUCAUUGUUUGAGCCAUCCAUAUGAUUUUGAACAUCCACUGGCAACCAGUCACUCACGUAAAGCAUAUAUUUCAUUUUCAAUAUAGUUAUCUGCAGUACAAAUGCAGGAUAGAUGGAUAACAGGGGGCUUCAAUAACUACCACUGCAUUUCCUAGAUUCUGGUGAGGAAUAAUAGUGUAGGAUUAUAAUCCUAGGAUUCUGGGGAUGCUCUUGAAUGGUCCAAUGUGUGUUAAGAGGGCCACUGAUGUCACUGUAUGCGUGUGUGUGUUUGUGUUUGUGUGUGUGUUUUUUAAUUGGUGAAGGGGCUUAGUUUUAAAUCCUGUUGGGUCACUACCACUUCUCCUCAGUCAGUUCAAGAAAUUAACAUCAGUAAAAUUAAACACUCAAAAAUCCAUACAUAGAAUGAUUCAUUAUUCAAACUGAUACAAACACAUUUUAUCAUUAAUUUAUCAAUAUUUUCCACAAAAAAUGAUAUUUUCUAAGUUUACUGAGGAGAGUUGAAGUGGAGUUUAGUCCGACCCUGUUUCUGUCAAUGGAUGAGUGUUCACCUGACAUGAACAAAUUCGAGAGGUCAUGUAGUAGUGUAGUAGACAUUGUUCUGAUGUAGUGCGUGUCAGUCUAGUUGUGAUGCAGUAAUUUCUUCUCUAUAGUGCCUUUCACUGACACAGCCUGGCUUGACCAAUUUUCAGACACACAGAGAGAGCUGGAACAUUAAGAGUGAAAACAGACAAAAUACUAUAUGAAUGUAUCAAUAAAAAAACAUCUUAGAAUGAAAAUUGAGGAAUGUACUUUAUUAAUUCAUAAAUGAUCAUUUUGGUGGUUGAAAGUUCUUACUUUGAACUGCUUGUGAAUGUGAAACUGUAACAUUAUUCAACAUUAUUGUAACAGCUGCUUCAUAUCUGUAUCACAGUGGGCCAGUUUGCUGUUUUAUUUCCAGAAUGUUUUUGACUAAUAUCUCAUCCCACACUGUUUUAACAGCCUCCGUUAAUAUCAGCGGUGACACUCUCCUCACUGUGUGUCUCAGUAUUUGAGCAAGCCAGUUGCUGUCGCAGUGUUUUUGUAUCAUUCAUAUCUUCACCAUUCACAUGUGAUUUUUUUAUAUGAAUUUAACAUUUAGCAGUGGUGCCUCAGAGCUGACACAGAUAAUCUUUAGUCAACUUGCUUGCUGUGGUAUUUUGUGAUUAUUAUUGUGAAAUGCCGAAGCAGCGCUACAGCAUUUUGGAAAAAAAAAAGAAAAGCCCAAUUGGUUUUUUUUUGUUUUCUUUCAUUUUGUUUUCUUUGCCACUGUAGCACAAAAAUAUUACCUUCUGAAUGUCUUUUGUUGCCUUGCAGUUUUGUACUUGCUCUGCUCCCUUUAAACAUAGGGUUAUAGAGGUUGCAUAGUGCAGCUGUUUGUGUAAAGUGUGUUACUUGUAAAGCACCAUAUAGCUGCAAUACAGGACAGAGACUGUUGCUAACAGCCUAGCCUCAAGCUGAGAAAUAUUAUUAGUCUGUGAUGUCACAUAUCAAUUAAUUCUACUGUAUGAACUGUGGACUGGACGCCGGGUCAAAUCUCUGUUUGAAUUGCCUUCUUAUCCUUUGAUCUGUGAUAGACUGAGUUUCUCGUGACACACUGAACAAGUGGAUAGUGUGUCUGAAAUCUCUUACCACAUCUGCUACAUUGGCACGGAGUGAUAAUGCACAAAAUACCCACUAAAUAAUAGUACAAGCUUUCAGAAAUAGCCACUGCUGCCUUCAGAACAGAAGAUCCUCCUUUUAAUGCAUUUCUCGCCUCCUUUGUGCGAUCUGGUGAGUGCAAUACAAAUCAGCAAAAGCAAAAGCACUCUGCUGUCCUGCAGUGCACAAUCACAAACCUUACUGGGACUGAUUUGAUGUAGAGGAAACCAAAACAACAAUAAAUCUCUUAAAAAUGGAACAAGGACUGCUUGUGUUGAGCCUUACGGUCCACUCUACACUUAGUGCCAAGCAGUUAGAUUCCUUUUAAACACACAUUAUUGGAGCGUAGCAUCCAAACCAGAAUGUAAAGGGAACCGUCAACUUAUUGAGGCCUGAAGUGCACUUCCCAGAUAAUGCUAGGGCAUCAGUCACGGCGCUGACCAGUCCUGCCUUACACCACCUCUUCAAUAUCCCAGAGAGGAAAACAAAGGACAAUGUCAUCAUGAAAGAGAAGCACUUUCCUAUCCUGUAUACAUCUUGAUUCAUUAAACAUAUUUAGACAAUUCAUUUUUGAUUUAGACUACAGUGUAAGACUCUUCCUUUUUAUUUAAAUAUUCUGUGUUUUUAUUUUGUGUAGGAACUGUCUUCUUCAUUUUUGUCAUCUGGCACUUGUGUUGUUCUUCUGGAAUUGUGUAAAUAAUGUUUGAGGAGUCAAUUAAACAUUUUCGUGGG